AUGGGCCGUGGAAAAGCAAGACGAAAUCCCAGAGGCUCUCACGCUGAGGAUGCCGCGAUCGACAAAUCGGCCAAAAAUUAUGUUGACAAAGCCGUUGAAGCCGCCAAAGCUACAUUCGAUGCAAGUAUCAAAGAGACCAUUGGAGCAGUGAUUGAGCAAUUCCACCGAGAAGCCGUGGAAGAGCAAGUACAAUUCGACGAGAAGAUAAACAAGAUCAUGGAAACGCAAAACAUGAUGAAGGAGAACAAUCAGAUGAGACAGUGGCAGGACAAGAUUUCAGCGGCUUUCAACCAAAUUUCUAACGACUUAACGAGAAUCCAGGGGGUCAUCCAUCCCACAUCUUUUCGUGGAAGUGCUAAGGGACAUAGGGAAGGUGAAGUCGAGGAUGAGCGCACAGCUUAUUCAGAGUUAAGCGACCUUCAGCACGAACUAGGGGAGCAGCAGAUGACGCCAAGACCAAGACUGAAUAUGGAAGACUUAUACGGCAUUUAUAACGACUCCGGUGAUGAACGAAUUGGAACGCAUCAAGUCGCAAGUCCAGAGUUUGAUGAGCAACAAGAUAUCUCUGACCUUGUAGACGCCGGUGCUUGUGACUUCGAAUCGGUUGAAGAUGACACGUUAGACAUUUAA